GACUUCUUACGGGAGAAACGUUUUUACCAGGUUCGCGACAACAACCAGAUGUCGCUUCCGUUCGCGUCGAACGGCCCGAUGGACGUUCCGCAAACCAAUCGUCAUUUUUCUAACCAAAAGAAUCGAACGACAAUUGGUCAAGCCGCUAUCGUGGCAACGAUAUUGCAAGUAUUCGUAGAAUUUGUCCUUUUUGACCUUUACACGUCGCUACCGGCCAAUCAGUGAUCUUUAUUCGAAGAAUCUCGGUAAAGUCGUCCACGCACGUGAAAAAGUACACGCGCUUGUAUUCACGUAGCUUCUUAUACUGUACAACUAUAAACAUAACCUAACCUCUAUCAACGUGGUCCCAUUGCAAUGUAAACACACUUGAUCUCGUUUAAUAAGUGGAACGUAAAUAUUCUAGUGUGUAGUAAUUGUUGCAAAGGUGAAAUUAAUUUAAGAAUAAAAAAUGCAUUUCGUACGGAAAUUCGCACGGAAGUUCGCACGUAGACAAAAAGAAAAGGAAAGGGCUUUAUAUAUUCGUCUGCCACACGUGAUACGAAAACAAGAGGAUGUGGCGAAGUUCUUUACCGGUGACUUUAAAGUAAAACCCCUUCGUCAAGCCAGCAGACAUUGCUACGUAAUUUUUAAUACUGUCGAAGAAAAAUUACGAAAUUUAGAAGCUAUGAAGAACACCCAAGUGAAUGGUAAACGUUUAGUGGUAGAACCUGCAAUUAUAAAAUCCAAAGAUGACUUACCAAAGGUGAAUAGAAAAAAGAUUAUUAUACCUAGAAUAAAAGAAGAUAUAAAAGUGACAAAGACGUUGUUUGUGUCGAACAUCAAAUGUGGAACCGCACUUCAGGAGUUGAGAGCUGCUAUUCCUGGAUGUAGGUCCAUUAAAAUGUUGAAGCCUUAUUCACCGAAAUCCAGGGCUGCAAUGAUUAAAAUGGAAAGUUGUCAGGUAGCUGCAGAAUAUUUAAAUAAUCUAAGAGAUUGUCCAGUUGUGAAUGGACGCAAAUUAAGAUUAAACGCUGACACUAGGAUUAGAGUAAGAAAAUCCAAUGCUCCUCUAAAAAUUUAUGAUGGAGAAACAGAAAUACCCUUCACACCUAGCAUAAGAAAUAGUAAUGAAGUUCUAGAUCAUAUUGUUCUUAAGAGUGAUAUCUAAAUGUUGUUGUUCCAUUAAAAUUAUUUUUAUACAUACAUUAAUUUUUAUUAUAGACAUUAUAUUUAUUACUUACAAUAUUCUAAGGUAGUCUAAAUAAAAUUAUUACAAAAAUCUGUAUAUAGCAAUUCACUCUUACUCCAUAAGUAAUAUUCUCAUUCAUCAAUGGUAGAUUGUAUUGACACAGUGGCUAGACUGUUUUCAUUCUAGAACCUUACUUGACAUCUACAAAGAAAUCCAUUGUAUUUUAUAAAUAAGCCGACUCUGUUACUUCAUUCAAUACAUCAACUGUACUU